AAUUCGAGACGGUGGAAAUUAAUAAGCAUAGAGAGAAAAAAAGAUGCAAUAUCCUUAGUCCACACCCACCCACCGACCCCAUUCCCCGGUAAGAAUGAAGAGAAGGCGAAUAGCAACAUGAAGAGAGGGCCAAGGAGGAUGAGGACAAAAUGGUCCAUCAAAUAAAAGAAUCCAAACGCAUUGAUUUCUCUCUUUGUCGUCUUCGAAAACCAUCAAAAACAGGUGCACCCCCUAAUGACCUUAACCUUUAGUUCACCUGCCCCAUUACCCAUCCUUGCAUUGCUUUCCCAUUUCCGUUACCGUUAUCCUCACUUCUCUCUCUCUCAACCUCUUAUUUAUUUAUUAACCCUUUAUUCCACCCCUUUCCUCUCCCUUCAUCAAGCACCCAACUUUCUGCCACCCCCACAAAAGGGUGCUUGCGUUUCUUUCUGUGAUCUCAACCAUGAAGCGUCCACUCACACCUUCAGCCAGCGGCAUGAAGACUAACAAGAAAGCCAAGGCGAUGGAAAAUGACGAAGACGUGGAGGGGCUGGGGCGUUUCGACGACAACCUUCUGUUCGAGGUGUUGAAGCACGUGGACGCGCGGACGCUGGCGAUGGCGGGAUGCGUGAACAAACAGUGGCACAAAACUGCGCAAGACGAGAGGCUCUGGGAACUGAUCUGCACAAAGCAGUGGGCAAACACAGGGUGCGGUGAGCAACAGCUGCGAUCCGUGGUCCUCGCGCUCGGUGGCUUCCGUCGCCUCCACGCACUUUAUCUCUUCCCUCUCUCCAAACCUCAACAACUACAACAACUAACAUCAUCUUCAUCCUCUUCCUCUUCCUCCUCGGCCUGGGGCCCCACCGUACCGCAGAUGAUUCGAUCGAAACCGCUACGUUUGGGGAAAGACGAGGUUCACCUCUCUCUUUCGCUCCUCUCUAUUCGCUACUACGAGAAGAUGAAUUUCAAUAACAGAACCACCAGAUGAUUGAUCAUUCUUCUUCCAUAAUCCAUCCACCAUCCGCGUGUUGUUUUUUGUUACUAUUAAUCAAACCUAAUCUCGGAUUUGGACUCUUUUUUUUCCUUAAUUUGUGCGAUUUAUAGAUUUCAGUUGCCAGAUCUGCUUUUUAUUCGGGCAAUUAGUCUAAGCCGGACGUGUUCUGUAACUUGUAUGUACUUUGAUUUGAUAAAUAUAUAAUAAUAUAUAUGAAUUUUGGGAUCUAA